AUGAUGAUGAUCGCCCUGCAGAACAUCCAGCACAUUUUGAUUCGAGCGACACACGCGGCCGACGCCACAACCGCCUCCCUCCACGACGUCACCAUGGACAUCGCUGCCGAGGGGUCGCCGGUGUCCUCGCGCGUGGCCCUGGGCGUCGAGCAGUGCUUCUGCCCCAAGAGCUACUCGGGCACCUCCUGCCAGAACCCCAACAUUGGCUUCUACCGCUGGUACAAGCAGAACCACAUCCAGUCGACCAUCAUCAUCGACCUCGUGGGCGAGUCGCGGCCGUGUCGCUGCAACGGGCGGUCCGAGGCGUGCGAUUCGGAGACGGGCGUGUGCAAGAACUGCCGAGACAACACAUGGGCCCCCACUGCGAGGUCUGCGCCACGGGGUACUACGGCGACCCCUCGCAAGGCCCCUGCAAGCCCUGCGCCUGCCCGUCGAGGGAGCAGAACUUCGCCGAAACGUGUCAGGCUGAUCGCUUUGCCGAGUACAUCUGCCAUUGUCGCGUCGGUACACGGGGACAAGUGUGACAGGUGUGACUUCGGCUACUACGGACGGCCUGCGGAGCCUGGCGGUUCUUGCCAGCCUUGCAAUUGCGAUCCCUUCGGCAGCGUGCACGAGGGUUGCGAUGCUGACGGCCGCUGCACGUGCAAACCUGGCAUCACCGGCAGGGAUUGCUCGCAGUGCGCGCCUCGUCACGUGACUUCGGAGGCGGGCUGCAUAUCCUGCGAAGACGGCUGCGUGAACAUCCUACUGGACGAAGUGGAAGACAUGAUCUCGUCUGUGACUUCCAUUGACGUCGAUGGCUAUAUCCCCGCCCCCUGGCCCUCCAUUAGACAGAUUCAAAACGUGACCAAACUCCUCCGCACGCAACUCACGCGCUACCACAGCAACGUGGACGGCUCCCAGGAGAUGGUGAUCAACUUCGACCUGGACUACUAUGCCAGGGACCAGCUGCGGAGGGCCGAGGCACUGGAGAUCUCAGCCAGGGAGACGUACCCGCCCACAGCAAAGAUAAAAUCCGAUGCCCAGUUCGUGUUGGACUUGCUGAGGAAUGUCCACGACCAACUCGAAGAGACGAUCGCGUACCUGAAGAACUACGCCAUCGGGGAGACGCCCAGCAUCUCGGUGGGCGGGGCGCUGAUGGAGGCCGAGAAGAUCCUGAAGGAGAUCCAGAUGAGGAACUUCACCCAGUUCGAUGAGGACGCCGAAGUCGAGCUGAGCAAAUCCCGGAGGCUUCUGGAUCGCGUCAUGAAAAUGGUCCAGAAAAUGCCGGUUCUUGGGGCGCUCAAGGACUUGGUCAGCGAGAUCAGAGACAAACUGAACGAACUCCGAGACAGAGUCAAAACUUCGACCGGAAAAGUCGACGAGGCAGCGAUCCUCAACCUGGACAACAGAGAACGGCUGAACAGAGUGAAGAACUUUUCCCUGGAGAUCAAGAACAGAGAACAGAUGCUCCAGAGACAGAACUUCAACGCUACGAGGCUGACGAAGGGCGCCGAAGAGAACCUCAAGCUCUCCAUCGCGAAUUAUGACGACUUGAUACGGAUGCUGGUCGACCUGAGGAACAGCUCGAACUUCCUGGAGGACUUCCACGUCAUGCUCAGGAAGCUUAAUAACGAGUACAGGGAGACGUACGUGAAGAGAGCUCAUGACCACGCCAUGGAGCUCAUGAGGGACGCGAUAAGGCUGCAGAGCUUAUUCAACAAGACGCGCGAUGUCGCCGACGGCCCCCUCAGAGCGGCUCAGGCCUACCAGAGGAUCGUGGACGCCCUCCUCAGCGCGCGGGAGGCUGCCAGGAACGCCUCGCACGCCGCCGAGACAGCCUACACGGUGGCCUACCCCGGCGACCCCGAGAACUCCCUGGUGCGACGAGCCUCCCUGUCCUUCGACAAGUCCGGAGGCCUACGGACCAAGGGCGAGGGCCUGCGGGCGACGGUGGGGCAGCAGGCGGUCGACUUGGAGAACCAGAAGGAGGCGCUGAAGGGGACGAGCAGCGACCUCGUUAAGACGGACGAGCGGCUGAUUGCGCUCAACGCCAUCUUGGAUUCGCAGAUCACGUCCGGCAUAUCCUCGCCCAAUUUCAAACGCAUAUCCUCGCCCAAUUUCUAA